AUGGCAUCUUUUGAUAAAGUUUUAGCAGCACAAAAGCAAGAUUUUGCAUCUAUCAAGCGACAUGUGCAAUAUUUAAAAUCAUUGAAUGAUGAAACUCGUACACUCAAUAUUAUUCGAAAUCGGUGUACUCUUCUUGACAAUUUAUUACGUAUGUGUCGCGAUCGAAAUGGAGAACUAUUUCAACUGUCUAUAGUUGAAAAUAAAGAAGACCAUAACUAUUUCAUCGACGACGAAUUUGGAAUUAUCGAAAUGAAGCUGUAUGCAGAUCUGGAUUAUUUCUCCGAGAUUAUGAGUGAAUUGCAACCGACUAAACAAUUUGUCACAUCUUCUCCGCUUUCGAUGGACGACGUUUAUCAACAACCAGGUUCGACUGUAAAACUUCCGCAAAUUAAUUUACCUGAAUUUUCCGGUCAAUUUUCACAAUGGCAAGUAUUUAAAGAUUCUUUUAAUUCUUUGAUUAUUGAAAAUUCUUCACUUAACAAUCUUGCGAAAUUACAUUUUCUAAAAAGUUCCUUGAGCGGUGAUGCACUCGAUUUAAUAUUUAAUAUUAAAACUACGUCCGAUAAUUUUAAAAUAGCUUGGGAAUUGUUGAUUAACCGAUACGACAAUAAACGCGCAAUUGUAACAGCUCAUUUAAAUGCAAUAUUUUCACUCGAACCUUUAAAAAAGGAAUCUGCUGGUGGUCUUUUACAAAUUUAUAAUACGAUUCAAAAACACAUUUCAGCGUUAAAAAAUUUAGGACGUCCUACCGAGGACUACAGUGAUAUCUUAGUCAAUCGCGUGAUUAAUUUGCUUGAUCAAAAAACACAGAGAGAUUGGGAACUGAGCAUUUCUACAUCAACUGAGUGUCCUAAAUACUCAGAUUUGUCAAAUUUCUUGCUUCAACGAAUUAGAGUUUUAGAGGCAAUACCUAGUUCAAAUUCAAACAAUGGAACAGCUCCCAAACUCUCUGGUUCUCAAAGUAAUUUAAAAGAUACCAGUAAAGUCAAACGCUUAAAUGUCAAUGCUCAUGUCGCUUCUGCUAAAGAAGAUAUUUGUGUUCUUUGCAAACAAAAUCAUUAUUUAUAUCACUGUCCUAAAUAUCAAGAAAAAUCGACUUCUGAUAAAUAUAAUUUUGUAAAAUCUCAAAAAUUAUGUACGAAUUGUUUACGAUAUAAACAUAAAACUAUUGAUUGCAACAGUAAAUUUACGUGUUUAAAAUGUAAGAAACGACAUCAUACUUCGCUGCAUCGCGAAGAUUCGAAUACAAAUCAACAGGAGAAAAAACUCACAAGCGAAAAUAAUCAAUCAAAUUCUGGCUUGCAGGUAAUAGAAUCUUCAUUUAUUCAAUCUCAUUAUUCGGAUUAUGAUAAUCCUAUAAAAUCUAAAUCUGUUUUGUUGUCAACAGCUCGCGUGUGGGUUAUUUCACCUAAUUUGCGUACUAUUCGAGUUCGUGCCUUAAUUGAUCCAGGAUCAACAUGGUCCUUUGUUUCCAAAGAUUUAGCGAAGUUAUUGAAUUCGAAAAGUAUUCCGGUGACCGCAACGCUGUCGGUCCUCGGGGGGGCUCUGGCUGGAACAGCUAAUUCUGCAAUCGAAAUCGGAAUUUCACCGACUCCAAAUGGUAAUCUGAUGUUCAAAACUAAUGCUCUUGUAAUUCCCAAAGUUACAAAUUAUAUUCCAGAAAAACGAUUGCCCUUUGAAGCUUGGUCUCAUUUAGACGGAUUAAAUCUUGCUGAUGAUGCAUUCAACGAUGACCCGAUUCAUUUGCUCAUCGGAGCUGAAUUGUACGGUGCUCUUAUUCUCGAUGGUAUAAAAAAAGGAAAUCCCAAUGAAUCUGUAGCUUUGAAUACCGCAUUUAGAUGGAUAUUAUCCGGUAAUAUAUCCACCAAAAUAUCAAAUAACGAAUUAGAUAUCCAAGAAAUUCAAAAACCUAAACUCUUGUCCCCUGAUGAUGAACUUUGUGACGAACAUUUUCGUAAAACACAUUCUCGAAACCUCGACGGUCAAUAUGUCGUACAACUUCCAUUUACAUCUGACAAACCUAUCGAUAUAGGAUCAACCAGACCUAUUGCAGAGAAAUCUCUCAAGCGCAUUGAAAAACGAUUUAAAAAGAAUUCAGAUCUUAAAAAGUCCUAUGUCGAGUUUAUGAAUGAGUAUGAAUCAUUGAAUCACAUGAGAUUAGCUCAACCUUUAAAUUCUCCAAAUAAUCAGGUUGUGUACACUCCGCAUCAUCCGGUAUGCAGAAGUUCAAGUCAAACUACUAAAGUUAGAGCUGUUUUUCAUGCAUCCGUUUUAUCAUCUAAUGGAACGUCCUUAAAUGAUCAUUUAAAAAUUGUAUCUGUGAAAAAACCCGAAAUUUUAAGUCAUUUAACUCUUUCUUCUGCAAAUAUGGAAAUCGAAAAUUCACCAUUAGAGUAUGUACUUUCCGAUAUAAGUGAUGCGAUUAGUAAUAUUGUAGAAGACAAUGAUGAUAUUUAUAUUCCAGAUGGUUAUCAGGAAGAAAAGGUUAAAGAAGGCUUUACGCAAGAAGAGCUUAGCAACCUCAUCAGAGAUUUUAAAUUACCCAAAAAUGGAGCAGAAUAUCAGCUAGAUAGAAAAAUGCAAAAAUAG